AUGAGUGCGCUCAACAGGAUGAAGCGGUUGAUUGGACUGGAGAGCAGUCAAGGUCUCAGUCAAAGGACGGCGGUGAAAGAGCAGGCUAACCCGAUCGGGGAUGGCGGGCCGGACCACCACAACAGCGUCGCCGCGACGUCGACACUCGACUACAACGACGAUCUUGCGAUUGACCCCGAUUUCCAUCUCAUCGACCCCUGCGCCGCCAUCAUCGAGGGCGCUACUCCUACCUCCCCUUCCAAGGCACCUUUUGCACGUGGGCACCGCCGUCGUUCCACCCACGUUACUCGCCGUGACCUUGAGAAGUUUCAAAAGGAGGUCCUCGGCGUUGAAAACCACGCCUCCUGGUACGACGAGGAAAGCGGCACCUCUCGUAUCAACCCAAACGACCCUCAGCUCGAGGAACUCAACCGUGCCUUUGCUCUGGCGGAUAUGUCCAUGAACAGCGGUCCCGUGUCCAACAACGGUCCCACCAACGGCGUGUAUUCGGGCUUCGACUCCGCCGUCCGUCCCGACUCUGGCUCCCCCAACCCCAGUGUAGGCAGCAUGUCGCGGCAGUCCAUGUCUCCUGCACCUUUGCACCCAGCCGCCCAGGUCAACGGCAGUGGGAUGGGGGCAGCUCUUGGCGCCGCCAUGCCCAUGAACGCGGGGCAUCAGAUGGACCUCCAUCAUCUCUAUGACAUGGUGCUGGAACUAGCCGACGUCCUUAAAAACAAUCGGGAAGUCACAAAGAAUAUUGUCACGAGCGCGGAGGAGAUUAUGAAACAUGGCUCUUCGGAAGGUGCCAACCCAGCGGCGCAGCAGGUCAACGGGGAAAUCUCGGCGGCCCGCAUUUCGGAACUCGAACGUGCCCUCGCCAAGGAGAAGCGACUGACCGAAAGCCUGAAGCGUGAGCAGCUGGAGAACACCAAGUUGAUCGGCGAGUACGAGUCCAACGUCGGCACUAUGGUGGAGCAGAUUCGCAACUACUGUCAGAACAACAACAUGCAUUUCCUCUACCAGAAAAGCCACUAUAACAACCUCCUGCAGGCCGAACGGGACGCCCACCUGGAAAGCCGGCUGGACCGCGAUUAUUGGCAUGCACAAACAAUGAAAUGUGCCGAAAUGAUCCGCACUGCUCACCGACUCCGGUCGGAAGAAGAGGAGCUACCGGUCCGCAUUAUAAUGGGGCUGCAGAACGAGGUCCGCGCAUACCGCAAUGCCCUUGGGAUGGAAGCCGAGAAGCCCGACGAGGAAUACGGCUGGGAGAUUCUCAAGGAUGUCCCCACGGCGGAAUGAAGGGGACGGGACUAGUGUCCAGAUUCACGGCGUGAUGACUUUUUUUCUUCGUUUGCAUAGAAAGGGCGGGCGUUAUGUGCUUGUUUCCCCGGUUUUUUAACUCGGCGUUUCGCGGUGGGGGGAAGAGGGUAUUUUGCCCCCCUGCAGAUACCCACCAGUGUGUUACAUACGGGGUCCAGUAUGGAUCUACCUCCAGUACUCG